AUACGGGAAUCACAUGUCCACACACUUCGGGAAGAUUUGUGUUGGUACGGCGGCUGGGCUUGGAAAAUAUUGGGAAAUGGCUACCCUUAAACUAUUAUGGACAGAAUCCGUAAACAUGUGGACUAAUGUGCAUGUGACACAGUAGAGAAGUGCAUAGAGUAUUUAUAGGAACCGGCUUUUAUAACGCUAUCAGCUUGCUCAAGCAUGCAUGGAAAUCUAUGGGAAUUCAUUGUUGUCGGAGAUUCACCCAUUAACAGGAAGUAGGAAUAGCCAAGCGACUGAAGCUGUUUUGAUCAGUGUGCUUUGUAAACAUUUGUUUAUUUUUUUUAAAUUAUUACAUUUUAAACAAAACAAAAAAUAAAUAAACCAGUGUUUUUAUAAUCAAAGUGGGAAAAAUAUCGAUGGAAUAUUGUAACUAAAAAUUCAAAGUCACUGGAGCUCGAACCUGUGUGAGAAGCUGUUUUUGAAAGUCCCAUGUAUAGACUUUCAGUUUGCUUUUGUGCUGUUUUUAUAUAUUUUUGUAGUCCUAUUUUUUUAACAGACCAUAUCAAUUGGAUGUAUACAAGACGAACAAACUAACUUUUGAUGCCAUGUCUGAGAGAAAAGUGUAAGCGGUUUUUAACAAGUUUUUCGAAGGUCAAAGACCACCCAAGAUGAGGUCUUCUUUGGCUCCCGGUAUCAGACUGAUCACGUCCUUCUCAAGAGACAGCUGGUACAGAGGUUUCACCCUCUUCCUCACCUUUCUCUUCUAUACCAGCUACCAUCUCUCCCGGAAACCCAUCAGCAUCGUCAAGAGUGAGCUGCACAAAAAUUGUUCCACCCUCAUUCGGCCACCAAACCUCAAUGGAACUGACAAUGAAACCUGGUGUGACUGGGCGCCAUUUGACCAGGACAACUACCAGACGCUGUUUGGAGCCGUGGACAACUCUUUCCUCGUUGCUUAUGCCGUUGGCAUGUUUUUCAGUGGGAUAUUUGGUGAGCGCGUGCCCUUGCGCUACUACCUGACCACCGGGAUGCUUCUCAGUGGUCUCUUCACAUGUCUGUUUGGCCUGGGCUUCUACUGGAACAUCCACUCUAUCUGGUACUACGCCUUCGUCCAGGCAAUGAAUGGACUAGUGCAGACAACGGGCUGGCCUGCAGUGGUGGCCUGCGUUGGGAACUGGUUUGGAAAGGGGAAGCGAGGGUUCAUCAUGGGCGUGUGGAACUCGCACACCUCGGUAGGCAAUAUCCUGGGAUCGCUCAUCGCCGGCAUCUUUGUAUCCUCGGCCUGGGGCAUGUCCUUCAUCGUGCCCGGCAUCAUUAUCGCAUCCACGGGCAUUCUCUGCUUCUUCUUCCUGGUGGAGAAACCAGAAGAUGUCGGCUGCAGCCCUCCGCAGCACCGUGAGGACAACGAGAAGGAGCCUCUCUUACAAAACUCAUCUAGUAUCGAGGAGAUCUUCAGCAGUCCUGGCCUGUCCAACUCUAUCUCCUCCGAGUCGACAGAGGAGCACACCGAGGCCAUCAGCUUCUGUGGGGCCCUCAGGAUACCUGGUGUAAUGGAGUUCUCCCUCUGUCUGCUGUUCGCUAAGCUUGUUAGCUACACCUUUCUCUACUGGCUUCCUCUCUACAUCUCUAAUGUUGCCCAUUUUGACCCCAAGGAAGCUGGGGACAUGUCAACACUAUUUGAUGUAGGAGGAAUUGUGGGGGGCGUUGUGGCUGGACUGGUGUCGGACCAAACUGGGGGCAGAGCCUCAACCUGCUGUGUCAUGUUAAUAGUGGCUGCUCCUAUGCUGUUCCUGUACAACCACAUUGGACAGCAUAGCCUAGCAACCACAAUCGGGAUGCUGUUGGUGUGUGGAGCCCUGGUGAACGGACCCUACGCCCUCAUCACCACCGCUGUGUCUGCUGACCUGGGGACACAUGAGAGCCUGAGUGGAAACUCUAGAGCGUUGUCAACGGUCACGGCCAUAAUUGACGGCACAGGGUCAAUAGGUGCUGCCCUAGGUCCUCUGUUAGCAGGAGUGAUCUCUCCGACGGGGUGGAACAAUGUCUUCUUCAUGCUGAUCACUGCUGAUAUCCUCGCCUGUUUGCUGCUGUCCAGGCUGGUGUAUAAGGAGGUGAGGGGCUGGUGUGGACACAGCCCCAGACAAAGAGGGUUCAAAGAAAUAUGAGUGGGUGCCUGGGACAAGAGACCGUAUCACACAUGCAAGGAAGGACGCAGGAAAAAGGACCAAGAACUAACCCCUGAGGUGCAUCAAGAUUUAUAGGGUGCCGAUCCUUUCAUCCUUAAUGGCCCCAGACCCCGUCACCAGCGGAUGAAAGGAUCUUUAAAAGAAGGAAGAGGCCAUUGAUAUUUUGGGACCAUCUGACAGAGAGAGAGAACAUGUCCUUUCUUCAAAUGGUCGCAAAGCACUUUCUCUCUUAUGCCGUUUUUAUGAUUAUUUUGUAUGUUUAUUUUUUUUCUCUGUUUGCCCCUCUCGGGGCUGUGUGCAUCUUUCAUCUUAUUAUUAAAAUAAUGUGCACACUGCA